ACUGGCCAUUUAUUUUGUACGAUAUACUAGAACGGACAUAGGAGGCCUGCACAUUGUCAUGAGUUUCAUGAGGUGUAACUCAUUUAGGAUUAAGAAAUUUGCCGCUGCAGUGUUAAUCGCCAUCUGGUAGUCGUCGCUCUCCUACAAGAUGCUUCGCUUAGUAUCUCUCCUCCUGAUUCUGUGCUCAUCGUUUCACGCAGAGGAGGUGUGGAAGAAGUCACAGGUGUGUGCAAAUGUAUUCUGUGGUGCUGGAAGAGAGUGUACUGUCACAGAGAAGGGACAACCAACCUGUCUGUGUGUGGAGUUCUGUAAGCCCAACAAGCGGACAGUGUGUGGCAGCAAUGGGAAGACGUACCGCAACCACUGUGAGCUGCACAGAGACGCCUGCCUGACCGGAAUCAAGGUGCAUGUGGACCAUGAUGGACACUGUGAGGAGCGGAAGACAGACAAGCUUGCUACAAGCCCCAUCGUGUGUUACCUUGGCGACCGUAACGAGCUGCGUAGCCGUGUGAUCGAGUGGCUGCAGACAGAGGUGGUGCCUGGUGGCUGGUUCUCCAAAGGCUCCAACUUCACAGAUGUCCUGCUCAAGUACUUUGAGAACUACGAUAAUGGAGACUCUCAGCUGGACUCCACCGAGUUCCUCAAAUUCGUCCAACACAACGAGACAGCUGUCAACGUCACCUCCUACAACAACGAGGAGAACAACCGCUUGCUCAGGAGCCUGUGUGUGGACGCCCUGAUUGAGCUCUCUGAUGAGAAUGCAGACUGGAAGUUGAGCUUCAACGAGUUCCUGAACUGCCUCAAGCCAGACUUCAACCCUCCAGAGAGAAAAUGUGCUCUCGAGGAUGAGACUUACGAGGAUGGUGCCGAGACACAGGUGGAAUGCAACCGCUGCGUCUGCGCAUGUGGCAACUGGGUCUGCACAGCAGUGACCUGCGAGGCAGCCUCAGAUGCACUGCCUGCUCUGGAGGAGACUGAGGGAACGGACCAGGAAAUGACAGAAGAAGAGUGGACCAGAAGAGUGGCUGAGCUAAACAAACUUCAGGAAACCGUGGAGACCAUGAAAGUGAGCACUAAAGAAGUUGCGUGAGGAAAAAGAGGGAUGAAUGGCAGCAGUGAAAGGAAAGAAAGAAGGACAGCAAAAGAAAAAACGUUUUGUGUUGUCCUUCGCCAAUCUUGCCAGUCUGGCGGGCAGACAGCGGGUGCUGAGACAAAGAGGAAUAUUUAAUCGAUUAUUGGUUCUUUUUUAUAAUGUUUUAAUUGUAUUGAAUUUAUUUCAUGUGUACUGUUACAUAUAUUAUUUUGUAUUUUGCAUUAUUGUUGUUGUUAUUAUUAUUAUUAUAACUCUUAUUAUUACUUUCAUGUGAGGGGAAUGUGGCACAUGGUACAUCCUUGUAAAUCGGUGGACAGAUUAGCUAUUUGAUGUUCAUUUCUUUUUUCAUAUUUUGCUUUCCUUGGUGGACAGACUAGAGCAACAGUAAGAGGUUUGACAUCAGACACAGAAAGAGCUGUCCUUGGAGGAAAUAAAAACAUGGGCUUAUCGGACAGCACAUACCUCUGGCUACAAGCCCCAUUUAGCCCACUCCAUUCAUCAGUCUGCACGUCAGAGCACAAAUAUUUUUUACUUUUCGAUUUGAUUUACCUGCUGUAAACCCACAGCCAUAUAGCAGUCGGAAGUUUGAGUCAUCGUUGACCAGUGACCAAGGCCAGGCUUGUCUGUGCUGAUAGAGAUCUGAUAUGAAGGAUGAUGUGUGAACGGGCAGAUCCCGUCAAUUCUGAUGACGUGGACACAGUACAGAAUGUGUGGUGUGAUAAAACUCCACUAAGUCAAUCCAGUGACAUCCAGUUCCAUACUGUUACAUCACUUUCUAAUUUCAUUAGAUGGGAUGGAUGUGGUAGCAGUGUCUCUGUGCUAAUCAUUGUCAUAGGUAUGAACACUGCCAGUGCCAGUAUGUGGAGCCUAUUCAGUGGUUGAACUGGGUUUAAUCCCACCAGAAAGUCAAAGAUUAUAAUGUUCUAAAGAAUUUACAUCCGAAAGGGUGCUAGAGAGGGAGUAAUGGGGUAACUGUAACUGUACUGGCCUCACUGAAACACACCACAGCUGCUGGACAUAUUGAUAAAUAUUCAAACAGAAACAUAGACUAUAAAGUGUCAAACAUGCAUUUAGGAAACAAUGUGACAUUUGUGUUACUGGUGCCAGUGCACUAGUUUACCGUAUUGUUACUUAACCAAUAAACAGUUUCAUACCCUGUC